GCGUCCAUGUGACCAAGGUGGAGUGUCCGUGCGAGCCGAGCGUUUGCAACGUCCAGAGUCGGGGAAGGCGAGCGACGCGUGGAUCUGUGAUAGACUGAGUGGACGAGAGAGAGAGAGGUCGGAACAGCGCGAGGCAUAAACUCGAUUCUCACAGCACCUGCAUGUACGGGAGGUGGGUUGGUUAGUGGCUGGAACUCCGUUUCCCCUAGACAUAUACCAGCCUUUUGGGAAAACAUCGGUGUGGGAUUCCCAGCAGGAGAGGCGAGGCAGCCAUGGCUCUGACCACUCACGCACUGUCUGCUGCCUUUGGCACAGGCUCCUGGAUCGCCAUCAAUGGGCUGUGGGUGGAGUUGCCCCUCAUUGUCCCUGAGAUCCCGGAGGGCUGGUACCUCCCCUCCUACCUCACGGUCAUCAUCCAAGCCGCCAACAUCGGGCCUCUGCUCGCCACGCUAGUGCACAGGUUUGUGCCGAGCCGCAAGGUGGAGGCGGCCGUCAUCUACGGCGUCGUGAGCAUCGGGAUCCUGGCCUCCUUCCUGCUGCCCUUCUUCUGGAGGCAGACUGUCGUGAUCGCCGGCGCGCCCCGGAGCCUGCCGCUGCUCGCCUUGGCCUUCUUCCUCGCCCUGGUGGACUGCACCUCCUCCGUCACCUUCUUGCCCUUCAUGGCCCACUUCCGACCCCACUUCCUGACCACCUACUUCAUUGGGGAGGGCCUGAGCGGCCUUCUACCAGGCCUGGUCGCCCUGGUGCAGGGGGCAGGGGUGGUCCACUGUGUGGCAGCCAACACCUCUGCCAAUGACACGGGGGGUCCACUGGUGGCUCUGUCCCAGCCGGCCCACUUCUCCCCUGAGGCCUUCUUCAUUUUCCUGGGUGGCAUCGCUGCCUCCUGCCUGCUGGCCUUCUUCCUGCUCAACCACCUCCCUCAGGCCCGGCGCCAGCGAGUGGCAGAGGGCGAUGCCGGGGACCGGGGCCGAGGCAGGGAGAUAGAGAUGAGUGGGAGCAGCGGUGAGGAGCUGCUGGAGCAAAAGCCCAUGAUCGAUGGGCCAGGCGUGGGGCAAGGUCAGGGGGACAGGACCAAGGAGAGGCCCCGUCGUCGCCCCUGGCUGCUGCCCAUCUUCCUGGUACUGGCUUGGGUGAACGCACUGACCAAUGCUGUGUUGCCUUCUGUCCAGACCUACUCCUGCCUGCCCUACGGCAGCUUGGCCUACCACCUCUCGGCCGCACUGGGGGCCGUCGCCAACCCGCUGGCCUGCUUCAUGGCAAUGUUCCUCCCCAACCGCUCUCUAAAGUUGAUGGCCCUCCUGACGGUUGGCGGCACAGCAGUGGGAUCAUACAUCAUGGGCAUGGCCGUCCUGAGUCCUUGCCCAUGGCUGGUCCACUCCAGGGCUGGCAUUGCCCUCAUUGUGCUAUCCUGGGUGGUGUUCGUGGGGACCCUGUCCUACGUGAAGGUGAUAAUCGGGCUGAUCUUGCGGGACGAGGGCCACACUGCCCUGGUGUGGUGCGGUGUCGUGGUGCAGAUCGGCUCCGCGCUCGGCGCUCUCACCAUGUUCCCGCUGGUCAGCGUCUACAGCCUCUUUCGUGCCGGAGACCCCUGUAACACGCAGUGCCCGGCCUGAGCCGAGAGGCAGCGGACAAGGGCGGGGGGGGGGGUGGUCACAGGGAGCAACGACACAGUAACGGCGGACCCCCUCAGCGAGCUGACCCUGGUGGUCACUCCUCUCCCCAGUUCCACCCAGUUACAGGGGAAAUGGGCAGGAGAUUCAGUGGGGUUACCCUGAGGGGAGGGCAGGCAGAUGGAUGUAGCGAGUAGCUGGCAGUGCGGGAGACAGCCCAGUCCGGAGAGAAGAUGCCAUCUCAUUCGUUCUAUCCUCCUCCUACCUCUGCCCAACCCAGCGCCAGUGGUCAGUGUAGCCGAGGAGCACAGUCAGUUUCCGUCCCCGUGAUGGGCAUUGGAAAGCUGACGAUAUCUGGCCGGGAGGAGUCUGUGUGGAUAGCAGUCUGUCUGUCUGUAUGCAUGUGUGUGUGGGGGGGGAGUCUGUGUGGAUAGCAGUCUGUCUGUCUGUAUGCAUGUGUGUGUGGGGGGGGUGUCUUUGUGUCUGUCUGUCUGUAUGCAUGUGUGUGUGUGUGGGGGGUGUCUUUGUGUCUGUCUGUCUGUCUGUAUGCAUGUGUGUGGGGGGGGUGUCUUUGUGUCUGUCUGUCUGUAUGCAUGUGUGUGUGUGGGGGGAGUCUGUGUGUAUAGCAGUCUGUCUGUCUGUAUGCAUGUGUGUGUGGGGGGGUGUCUGUCAGUCUGUCUGUCUGUAUGCAUGUGUGUGUGGGGGGGGUGUCUUUGUGUCUGUCUGUCUGUAUGCAUGUGUGUGUGUGGGGGGUGUCUUUGUGUCUGUCUGUCUGUCUGUAUGCUUGUAUGUGUGUGGGGGGUGUCUUUGUGUCUGUCUGUCUGUAUGCAUGUGUGUGUGGGGGGGUGUCUUUGUGUCUGUCUGUCUGUAUGCAUGUGUGUGUGUGGGGGGUGUCUUUGUGUCUGUCUGUCUUUAUGCAUGUAUGUGUGUGGGGGGGUGUCUUUGUGUCUGCCUGUAUGCAUGUGUGUGGGGGGUGUCUUUGUGUCUGUCUGUAUGCAUGUAUGUGUGUGGGGGGUGUCUUUGUGUCUGUCUGUCUGUAUGCAUGUAUGUGUGUGGGGGGUGUCUUUGUGUCUGUCUGUCUGUAUGCAUGUAUGUGUGUGGGGGGUGUCUUUGUGUCUGUCUGUCUGUAUGCAUGUAUGUGUGUGGGGGGUGUCUUUGUGUCUGUCUGUCUGUAUGCAUGUGCAUUGGUCAGGGUGUAUUUGGGGGAAUGAAAUGGUGGGGUGUGUGUAGGUGCGUGUGUGUGUGUGUGUGUGGGUUGUGUGUGUGUGUGUGUGUGUGUGUGUGGGUGUGUGUGUGUGGGUUGUGUGUGUAGGUGUGUGAGUGGGUGUGGGGGUGUGUGUGUAGGUUUGUGUGUGUGUGUGUGUGUGGGUGGGUGUGGGGGUGUGUGUGUAUGUGUGGGUGUGUGUGUGUGUGUGUGUGUGGGUUGUGUGUGUGUGCGUGGGUGUGUGUGUUUAUGUGUGUGUUUAUGUGUGUGUGUGGGGUGUGUGUGUGGGUUGUGUGUGUGGGUGUGUGUGUGUGGGUGGGUGAAGUGACGGGCCAGUCUGCACCUUGUUCAUGUUCUGUCUCCCCUGAUUCCCCAUCAGAGGUGCCACCAAUACUUCAGAACAAAAUGUCUCAGUUCUGCCACUGGCCCUAGGUGAUGGGUGGGCUUAUCGAAGGCCAGGCCAUUCAGCCCAUUGAGUCAGUUCUGGGUCCCUGCCUUUGGCGCUCCUUGGACUGGUUUAUGUACAUGGUGGUCGCCCGUCGCAUUGGAGUAUGUGGGGGGGAAUGCAAUUUGGUUGGAGUACACCUUCUGGGACAACUGUGCCCAAAGAUGCUAAACGUGGAGUCCACUCCACCAAGACCAAAGAUUCUUUAUAUAAACACAGAUUACUGGCUGAUCUGUACCUUUGUGGCACCGCUCCAACCAGCUGCUCCGGUUAGUACUCCCACUGCUGGAGAGUAGCAGCAUCUGCUGGAAUCGGGCUGGUCCCUCUCCGGUAUUCACUCAACAAUCGGCAGUCAGGCCACUCAGAGACUUGGGCUAGAUUAUUAUUUUUCUGUGCUGUGUGCUGUUGGUAGUGUGUCUUACACCUUGGCCCUGGAAGAACGCUGUUUCGUUUGGCUGUAUUCGUGUAUAGUUAAGUGAUAAUUAAACUUGAAAUAAAAUUUCUCAUCUUGCUGACUGGAA